AUGUAUACACAAGACCAGCUCGCCCGCUACCUAGACCACAUAUCCUAUCCGCGCUCCAAGCAUCCCCGGGAUGAACUCCAGCUCCUCACCGAGCUUCACGCUCAUCACCUUGCGCGAGUCCCCUUUGACUCGAUCGGUCUGCACUACUCUCCUCACCGGACGCUGUCCAUCGACCCAGAUGACCUAUUCGAAAAGGUCGUAGAGAGGAGCAAAGGCGGGUACUGCAUGGAAAUGAACACUUUCUUCGGCGACAUGCUUCGAGUCUUGGGUUUCACCGUCCUCAGCAUUGGCGCAAGAGUCAAGAAUGGAGCUCGAUUCGGAGGGUUGACUCACUGCGCCAACAUCGUCACCAUCAACCAGACUCGCUACCUCGUCGACGUCGCCUUCGGCAGCUACGGCAUCUUCCACCCCGUGCCCCUAACCCCGGGCCUCGAAUUCGACAACAUUGCCCCCCGUCGAGGGAAACUCGAGUUCCGGCCCCUCGCGCAGUCCACCUCCCCCUCCACGCAGUCCGUAUGGGUGUAUUCCUCGCAGGACGACCCUUCAGCGGAAUGGAUCGAGAGGUACAGUUUCACGGACAUGGAGUUCUUUCGCGAGGACUAUUUCGUCGGCAAUUACUACUGCAGCACGAUCCGCUCUUCGAUUUUCGUCAACCAGGUUUUUGCGCUGAGGGGCAUCCUGAACGACAAGGGAGAUGGACUCAGCGGCGUUCUGACAUUGGUCCAGGGGGAAGUGAGAAGACGGGUUGAAGGCGUGUCGGGGAUGGAAGUGAUUGAGAGGAUGGAAAAUGAGGAGGACAGAGUUAGGGCGCUGGAGAAGUGGUUCAUGAUACCCUUGACCAAGAGGGAAGCGCGAGCCAUCCAGAAGAUGCCGACUGAGCUUACGCCUCGCAAGAGUGCCGUUUCAUAG